AUGGAGCAAGGUCAAAGAUUAGUGGAGACGAUGAAGCAAGCUCUCACGACGAUCGAAGUUAUUCUUCAAGGGCAAGCACAACUGGAAGAACAAUGGGACACCAAACUUGCUCGAUUGGAAGCUUUGUUGGGGAUUAAUGCGCCAGCAUUGAGCAAGACCAAGAGAAGGAGGAGUAUAUUGAAAUCUCACCUAUGGAAGGUCCACUUUUCGAUACUUGUUGCGAUGAAGAGGAGGCGAUAG